GAAACAAAAUAAAAAAAUAAAUCCAAAAUAAUGCAUUCUUCAUCCUCUGUAUCAAAACGCCUCGUUCUAGUCCCUAUCUUGGUCGUUGCGGCCACACAACUCCUCCUCGUAAACAGUGUUUCUUCACUAAAUCUUACCAAUGCGUAUCUGCACCACAAAUGCUUAGUCAACGAAGGGCAAUACAAGCCGGGAAGCCAGUACGAGAAAGCCUUCAAUGAACUCAUCAAAAGCUUUUCGGACGGUUCAUAUAAUUUUCAUGACGGUUGGGGCUUCACGGCCAUGGGUAAAGAACCUGAUAUGAUCGCCAUCACCUACCAGUGUCGUGUCGACUCUCGCGGGCCCAAGUGCGGCACCUGCGUUAUCAAUGCCAGUUCUGAGCUUCUUCGUAAGAGAUGUCCAAGAUAUAGGGGGGCGGUAAUAUGGUACGACCAAUGUAUUGUGGAGUUUUCUAGGUUCAAUACUAUAGGGCAGAUCAAUUAUGAUGACAACUUCUGUAUGCCCAGCGUGAAGAACUUGAGCGACGAUUCAAUUUCUUUUGAAAAUAGGUCGAUUCUACUCGACAAUCUAACAAGUUUAGCCAUUACUAAAAUAGAUAAAAACAUAAAAGGAGUCAAAACGCCGGUGCGGUAUGCGGCGGGGGAGAAGAGAUUCGGUAAGAAGAAUCUCUACGGAAUGGUGCAGUGUUCGGGUGGCUUAACAGUUAAAGGUUGUCUAGAGUGUUAUACAUAUUACCUUAUCCAUUAUCAAGAUUGCUGGAGAAAUAAACAAGGAGUAAGAGUUUUGAGUCCAAGUUGUAACUUUAGGUAUGAGCUUUACCCUUUUAUUAACCCCAGAAGUCCUUACUAUACCAAGUUCUAAAGUAAUUUGAAUGUGUGUAUCUUUUUUUAUUUUUAUUUUCUUACUUUGAAUUUCCCCUUAUUUAACGUGAAUUUAUUGUUUUAUUUAGCAAAAAAACAUAUGAUGUAGUUUGAGUGUAUUUCUAUUACGUUAU